GACACGGUGCGGAUCGAUCGGCAGGGCCUAGAAAUCGUUAGUCGGUUACUGUGUCACCAUAGGUGAGAUGGCAGUAAACUAGAAGAUAGUUAUUUCAAACAUGCCGUCGAUGAGACGAGACUAGCGGGGCUGCCAGGCGAUGAAAGUUACGCCGAUAAGAAAAAGAUCCUGGAUUUGGUUAUCGAUCGAGAGCAGCCAUUAAAAUCUGUAAAUAUGAUCCCUAGCGAUCAUAAUUCGUCCAUAGCUGGGCUUGUCUCUGAAGACGCUUCUGCCUCAAAUUGAGCAGCUGGGAAAAUGAGUGCUGUCGAGCUCCCUGGAGCAGGGCUCUUCAUCAGAGUUUGAUAUGAAAUAUCAGAUGCUGCGCUGGCUGUGCCUGCUCAGCCUGAGCCUGCCUCUGUUGUUCUGGUUUGGAUGUGUGAUCAGUCGGGACGAUCAGUCGCCCUCUGUGCAAAGUAACGGGCUCAGGGGCUACAUGAGGAUCAGACCCGGCAGAAUGGACCAGUUCCUGUCCUUGCACUGCGGCCAGUGUGCCUUGAUCUCCAGCUCGGGUCAGAUGCUCGGAGCUGGCGCCGGAGAAGAGAUAGACAAGAUGGCAUGUGUGAUCAGAAUGAACAAUGCACCCACAAAGGGGUAUGAGAAAGACGUUGGGAGCCGCACCAGCGUUCGGGUUGUUUCUCACACCAGUGUUCCCCUCUUGGUAAAAAAUGAGCGCUACUAUUUCCAGCAGUCAGCAGACACCACAUAUGUGUUCUGGGGUCCUGAGAGGAACAUGAGGCAAGACGGGAAAGGACGCACCUUCAAUACUCUCCUAAAAGUAGCACAGAAGUAUCCAAAUGUCAAAAUCUAUGCAGUGACCAGAGAGAAGAUUCAGUACUGUGAUGGUGUGUUUCAGAACGAAACUGGAAAAAACAGAAUGAAGACGGGGGCGUUUCUCAGCACCGGAUUCUUCACAAUGAUUCUGGCUAUAGACAUGUGCGACAGCAUCCGUGUUUAUGGAAUGAUCGAUGAUAACUACUGCAGUCGAGCCAAUCACAGUGAUGUUCCCUACCAUUACUACGAGAGGAACCGAAUCGAUGAGUGCAAGAUGUAUAGGGUCCACGAGAACACACAACGUGGGGGUCAUCGCUUCAUCACUGAGAAGGCAAUCUACGCCAAAUGGGCCACACGGCACAAGAUGGAGUUUAAACACCCCUCUUGGGUCCUCUAAAGGAGACGUGAAAGCCCAGAAGACGUUUGUUGAGCGUACACUUGGAUUCACUAUUGCUGGUUUUUGAUCUAUUUUGCUGAUGUUUUUGGUGUUACCUGUGCAGGAACUUGAUCAAGUACAUGGCACUGUUACUGGUGGACUCAAGUUUUCAUUUUGAAUUUUACUUUUUUUUUUUUUUACCAAGUCAGUUUUAAAGCCAGAAAGACUUGAAUUUGAUACUGGCUUAUAUAAAGAUUUGCAGCCAUAUACAGUAUAAACUAAUGCUUAAUAUAGCAACAUUUACCAGCAUCUAACUGGUAACAGUUUAACUACCACUCUCAGUAUUACUGAACAUUUGCUUUAUGUAUAGCCAUAUACAGCAUCAGUAUAGAUACCAAUAACGCAUUACGCCACAAAACUACACAGUUUAAACCAAAGCUUACGCUUUUUAAUUCCUUUAUACCUGUGCCUUGACUUUUGGUUUCGUUCUGCAAAAUGUUUAAUUUAAUGCUGCAAUCGCGCCUGCAGCUACAAUAUGCACCUUUACUCUUUGAAACAGGAAGUGUACUUUUUAAGGCUGCAACUAACAAUCCAUAAACCGUACAUAAUGAUGGACGACAUGACAACUCCUCAAAAGUGAAGCCAAAACAUCUUGAUCACCCCCUGGUGGCUGGAUGCAGUAUAGGGUGUAAACCCCGCACCCUCCAUGAUAGAGGAUUGGAUGUGGACUAAACUGAAACAUCAAAGUAUAGGUCAAAUAAUCUUUUAGCAAAGAUGGUUUCUCUCACUUUAGGGAGAUCUUUUCAGCCUGCUGUUUGUUCCAGUGUUCAUUUUUCUGUUAAGUUUUGUUUUAAUGAGUUAUUUAAAGCUUUUAAAAGGAGGUUUUAUAUCAUGAUUGAUAGCUGUGUGUGCCAAUCCGUGUGCUCACGAUUAAUGGCGUUGCUUGCGAUCGGUCGAAUGGGUGUCUGAGCGGGAACUUGAUACCAAGGACAUCGCUCCUGUGCAGAUUCUGGCUCCAAAUGACAUAACUUGUGUAAGACGGCUGUGGCCGAAUUCCAGGAUAGCUUGGCUUCAUUUUUGUACAGUGGGAAGAAGUGGAGACGUGUCAUCCAUUUCUGUGUACAGUAUGGAUAAAUCAGGCCUAUAUUUUCGCAAUUAAUCGAUAAAUCGUUUGGUCAUCAAAUUGUCAGAAAAUAAUCCAUUGCUGUUCCCCAUAACACAAAUUCAAUAAUUAUCCCAAAACCCACAGUGACUUAAUCUACAAUCAUAGAAGACUAAGAAAAUCACAAUCACAUUUGGGAUUUUUGGUUUUUACAUUUUUGCAUAAAGAAUUACACAACAACAAACUAUCACAAAAAGUUGCUGAUAAAUGAUGUAUGAAUCUAAUCGAUUAAUUGACAAAUUGUCUCAGUCUAUGCUGAUUACUUGCCCUGACUGCAACCACACAGUGUUUAAAUGCUAGAAGUAGUCAUAGUAGUGGUAGAAGUAGUAGUAAUCGUAUUAGUGGUAGCAUUGGUAGUAGUUAUAGUAGUAGUAAGCUUUUAACAUUUUAUGUUAAUGUAAACAGUGUCCAGAUAUUUCAGUUGGGAGCCGAGUGCCAUUUAUUUAAUUCAAAGAGAGAUCAUGCAGUUUGCAGCUGUGCCUCAUGUGGUUUCACGCAGCUUAUGGAGCAGAGUGGGAUAUACAAAUGUGCUUUUAUGUUUACCAACCGCAGAGAAGACAGUAUUAACAUAUAACUGCAGAGAGGUCAACAGCCCACACACCGCAGUCCUUUUUAACAGCCCCAAAAUGCUGAUCAGUGGCAAACAAGCACUGUUAAAAGCUAUGUUAAGAGGAUACUACCUCUGUAUCCUCUGCAGAUCUCUGUGGUUAGUGGAGACCCACCAGAGCGCCGAUGGAACAAACUGGCUGCUGCACUAAUGGCAGUUUCACCACUGUGUGGCAGAAAUCUGCAGAAAGUUGAAUAGGAGUCCAGUGUCUUGUUUUGAUUUUGAAUGUAAUUGGUCGGAUACCGCAAACAGAAUAAGUUACUUGUCUUUACACAUCUUCUUUUAAAUUGUUUACCUUUUGUGUUUUGCUGCUUGUUUACAAUGAAAAACGUAGCGUUGCCUUUUCAGUCGCAUAUUGCUUCUUCUGUGAGUAUUUCCAAAGACUGGAAUAGUAUUUGCACUACCGAGCAAACUACUGUGUUACAGUGUUUUAAUGUAAUUUUACAAUUCAGACAGCCGUUUUUUGAAUUCCAUUGUAUUAUUGAUGACUUUUUGGUAACCAUGAGUAUUUGACUGAUGUUGUGAACUGUGCAAAACUGAAUGUAAACUACAGCUGGUUACUGGAGAGAGUCAACAUGAAAAAAUAUGCUUACAGCCUCUGUGUGUGUGUGUGUGUGUGUGUGUGUGUGUGUGUGUGUGUGUGUGUGUGUGUGUGUGUGAACUUGACUUUGUAUGAGACUAUAGAUGAAGUGUUUUUAAUUCUGCCCAUUUUACAACACUUGGAUUGUAUUAAUUUGUUAAUUCAGUUAGAGGCUGUGCACACCCUGUAAAUGAUGUUAGAUUAAUCGUGUCACACACUCUAGUACGGACUUAAUGUGAUUCUAUUUUUCAAAAUCAUUCUAAUGUCUAUUCAUAUUAUAAACAUAUUCUCAAUUAUUUUAACAUUAAAAUAACAUUAAUUCA